AUGAAGAGUUGUGUGGUGAUGAAGAGUAGUGUGGUGAUGAAGAGUUUGUUGGUGAUGAAGAGUAGUGUGGUGAUGAAGAGUUGUGUGGUGAUGAAGAGUAGUGUGGUGAUGAAGAGUUUGGUGGUGAUGAAGAGUAGUGUGGUGAUGAAGAGUUUGUUGGUGAUGAAGAGUAGUGUGGUGAUGAAGAGUUUGGUGGUGAUGAAGAGUAGUGUGGUGAUGAAGAAGUUUGUGGUGAUGAAGAGUUUGGUGGUGAUGAAGAGUUUGGUGGUGAUGAAGAGUAGUGUGGUGAUGAAGAGUUUGGUGGUGAUGAAGAGUAGUGUGGUGAUGAAGAGUUUGUGGUGA